AUGUCUCUCGAGUCCCUCGCCAUUUCCCGCAAGAACGCCAGCAAAGAGCUCGCUCAACUAGCCGAAGAACACAUGAAGCAUGACCUCCGGCAGUCAGACCGCGACGCCCUGCAAAGCGCCGCGCAGAAGUUCGGAACCUUCGCCACCGUCGGCUCGCUGCUGGGCCUGGGCCUGGGGGCCGUCCUGGCGUUCAGGGUUCGGCGAGCGAGGGGGGAGAUGUUCAAGGCGUUUCGGGCGGUUGAGCGGCCUACACACGUGCAGUUUGCGAACGGUCGAACGGAGCCGCUGCCGGAUAUCACCCCGAUGUUAAAGCCAAGCACUCUCGGCGACAUCGCGGCGUACACUUUCUUCUCGGCUGGGGGCCUGUUCUUGGGUGGUGAGUUGGGCUUGCUGACUGGAUCGUUCUCGGCAAAAAGGACGAUCGGCAGCGAUCCGGAGAGCAAAGCGAGGAUUGAGAAGGCCUUCAAGGCUUUCAAGGCGGAUGUCUUGCGGAGGGAGAUUGCGGCGCUUGAGGGUGGAGACGAGAAGUCGGGAUUGGAUGUACUGCUAGAAUAG